UACAUAAAUAAUUCUAAGAACAAUAAAAGGGAUGGCCUCAAACUCUGCAUUAGCUGCAGUUCUCUUUCUAACUUCAUUCAUGUUUGGUUGUGGCUCAGCUGCCACUGUCGUCGUCGGAGGCUCUGAGGGGUGGCGCUACGGCUACAACUACACCGAUUGGGCUCUCAAACACGGCACCUUCUACAUCAACGAUACUAUAGUGUUCAAACAUGUGGCGAUGAAUACGAGCAACGAGAGCGAGUCACAUAGCGUAUACUUGCUCCCGAAUCUAUACAGCUACGUGCAGUGCGAUUUCAGCCGAGCUCAGCUUCUGUCGAACCCGAGCCAAGUCGAAGAAAGCGCCGGCUUCUCGUACCAGCUAACACAGUGGCGGCCUCAGUAUUUUGCAAGCGGAGAGGGUGACGGCAGUGCCGAUUGCAACAAAGGGUUGAUGAAGUUCGUCGCUGUACCUCUUCCUCGUUGGUUCAAUUAGAUACACGUAUUUUGCAAUUGACUUCUAUGAACUAUAGUGAUUCGUAGAAGAAAUCAAUAAUUUGUACUUGCAUAUGCAUAUGCAUAUAUUUGUGUGAUAGUAAGA